AUGUACAAAGUAGAAUUGGGACCGGGUGAAGAAUGUUCAGCUGGCUUCACACGAUAUUCAGCAUUAUAUAUGGUAUGCGGUGGUCCACUGGCGUCGUUCGAUGAUGCGGACGAAUUCUGGAACGGAUAUCAGUAUACCAUUCGUGUGUGCAUAGCCGACACCGAUGCUAAUCCAAAUCUAUUUUCGGUGUUCACACAGCUAUUGAGACGGUCAAUCAUACUCGACAUCGAAUCGGAACAAGUUCCACCGUCCACUUCUGUCGCCUGUAGUAAUUUACCAAGAAAAACUGAGAAACUGGUAUUUCAACGGGCCGCCAGUCUACCCUAUCGCAGGAAUCCGGUAGUAGAUGUCACCAAACUACAAACAUUGUCGGGGUAUUUCGGCUGGCUAGAACGCCAUCCACGUCUUUAG